AAACUUGACAUAUAAAAAUUAGGGAACAUUUCAUUUGGUCGUCUAAAAUAUCAAACUUAACAUAUAAAAAGAACUUAACAACAUGUUGGUACAAAAGUAAAGUAAAGCCCAACAAAGAGAGAAAACAGAGAAAAAAAUAAUAAGGCAAAGACUUUGCGUAAACGUAGCUCUCGAAACUCAAUACUCAUCGUUUUCGUAUGAAUUUUUGUAGACCAAACAAUCUUCCUUCCACAGUUCACAAAAUAUAAAACAAUACCUCCUUCGAAAUCUCUGCCUCUUAUAUAACCCAUCUCUGACGCUUAUGUCAACUGAAACUGGCGUCCCUCUCCGUCGCAGAUCUAACUCUCUUAACGGACAUCACUCUAACGACGUCGCCUUUGACGGAACCGUCCCAUCAAUGGAGAACAACAUUGUUAAGAAAACAGACGACGGCUACGCCAAUGGAGGAGGAAAGGCGUCGUUUAUGACAUGGACGGCGCGUGACGCUAUCUACGUGGCGAGAGUCCAUUGGAUACCGUGUGUGUUCGCGGUUGGAGUUCUGUUCUUCAUGGGCGUCGAGUAUACGCUUCAGAUGAUUCCCGCGAGGUCUGAGCCGUUCGAUGUUGGGUUUGUGGCCACGCGCUCUCUGAACAGCGUCUUGGCAAAUUCACCGGGUCUUAACACCGUUUUAGCCGCACUAAACACGGUGUUCGUAGGGAUGCAAACUACGUAUAUUGUAUGGACAUGGUUGAUGGAAGGAAGACCACGAGCCACCAUCUCGGCUUGCUUCAUGUUUACUUGUCGCGGUAUUCUUGGUUACUCUACUCAGCUCCCUCUCCCUCAGGAGUUUUUAGGAUCAGGAGUCGAUUUUCCUGUGGGAAACGUCUCAUUCUUCCUUUUCUACUCGGGUCACGUCGCCGGUUCGAUGAUAGCAUCCUUAGACAUGAGGAGAAUGCAGAGGUUGAGACUAGCAAUGCUUUUUGACAUCCUCAAUGUAUUACAAUCGAUAAGGCUGCUCGGGACGAGAGGACAUUACACCAUCGAUCUUGCGGUCGGAGUUGGCGCUGGGAUUCUCUUUGACUCGUUGGCCGGGAAGUACGAAGAGAUGAUGAGCAAAAGACACAAUUUAGGCAAUGGUUUUAGUUUGAUUUCUAAAGACUCGCUAGUCAAUUAAUUUUGUUUUCUUUUUAAAUGUUUAGUUGAACUUGAACAUAUAUUAAAUUUAAUUGAUGUCCAAUGAAUUAAAUUUAUUUUCUUUCCGAUGAUUCUGACUGAAAAGGAUUAGAUAGCAGUUUAACCUAACUAAACCUGUACGUUUUUGCGAAGUUAUAGGAGUUUCUUAUGGUCUUUCUACAACUAUUUCAUUCAAGUCAAUGUUAGGAGUUAAAGGUGAGGUGAGACUGCCAAAACUCAUUGGCUCUACCACUUAGUGAACUUUGAAUGUACUUCUUCACUAUGUUUAGUGAGCAUGUGUCUUGUUUUCCAUUGGUAGGUGAAGUGGAUUUCGUAUAAAUUAACGGGACAGGUACACCGAUCCAUGAUUAUUAUUCAUUAAUAGUUUGGUCCACGGAAAGCAAUAGAUCAUACUUUAUUUACGGUCUUUUUGUUGUUCAGAAGUUUCCCUAAUGUAUGUUAGUUCAACUAAUAAAUAGAUCAACAUGUUAACAUUUCUAAAUAGUCGGUGGCUAAAGAGAGUCAGAUAUUUUAAGUAUCAAGCUCUUUU